AACCAUUUUUAUUUGCUAGUUGCAGCACCGGCAUCAAUGUGAGUGACAUUACUUCAGUCACUCUCAAUAUUUGCUUGUCCCAUUAAGACACCAACUCUAAAUCUCAACCAGACACUUGUCUCUCCUUCUUCAGCUGUCCUCUCUGCUCCUGCAGGCUGCAACCCCACCUUUUUUUUUUACCCUGUUCACAGGUGACUGGAAUCACUUCUGAUUGUGUAACCCUCUUUUCGGUGUUACCAGGAAGACGAAGAGCAACCCGAGUAGUGCGGAAAUAGAAGGUAAAAAUUUGCAGUUUUCGUGCUCUGUUCAGCUCAAUCGAGACGGCCCCACAUAUACAGCUAAUCAAAGUUCACUCUUAAAUCUCAGAGCAACUUUCACAUUACCAGGCACAUGGGAGAGAGAGAAAGGUGAUAUAAAUAAUAAAGUUAGCUGCAUUAACUCAGUUACUGUCACCCACUGACUUGCUGUUUCUGUCCUGUAAUGUAUCUGAACUAAAGAAACGGAGCCAUUAAGGUGGAGAAGAAAGUAGAUUAUGGCAGCCAAGGUCUGUAAUUUCUCCGAUCUGAUAGAAAGAGUGGCAGCUUCAUGCUUGCUUCACCCUCUUGCCAAUGCUCGACAAGACCUCCAAAACAUUGAUGACGAUGAAGAAGAACAACACUACGAGUAUAAGUCUGAGGAAGAAGAAGAAGAAGAAGAAGAAAAGAGAGAGCGAGGAGUCGAAAAUGUGAGAGAGGGAACAGUUGUAAGUGUAGAGCGGGUGAUAGAACUGGAGACGAUAAUGAGUGAGGUGUUUGAAGCGUUUUCAGCUAUGAAGAAAGCGUAUAUUAGCUUGCAGGGGGCGCAUUGCCCGUGGGACCCGGAGAGGAUGAGGGUAGCUGACGUGGCAAUCGUGGGGGAGAUGAGGAGAGUUAGCGUGUUGAGAGAGAGGUGGUUUAGGAGGAGGAGGAGCGGCGGCGGCGGUGGUGGUGGACGAGGGAUGGUGAGAGAAGUGGUGGCGCCGUACGAGGCGGCAGUGGAGGACUUGAAGAAGGAAGUGAAGGCUAGAGAAAUCGAAGUUGAGAACUUGAAGGCGAAGCUGAAGAAUGUCACCAGCAAUCUUAGCAGUAGCAAAAAAGGGAAGUCUCUUAGGAAAGUCAACUACAUCAGUCAAGCUCCUCAAGUUGUAGCAGCACCAGCACCAGAGCUGUUUGAAGCAACAAUGAGCCUUGUGAAAGAGGCAUCAAAAUCUUUCACUUUGAUGCUCCUCUCGCUUAUGCGAGCCGCGCAUUGGGACAUAGCUGCGGCUGUGCGUUCCAUUGAAGCUGCCUCUGCCAACGGCCCUGAAUCCGCCACCAUCGGUACUAGCUCCGUCAUGGCAACCCACCAGGCCAAGUAUGCUCUUGAGUCCUACAUUUCGCGCAAAAUCUUCCAGGGGUUUGAUCAUGAGACAUUCUACAUGGACGGCAGCCUUUCUUCGCUUAUCAAUCCGGAUCAGUAUCGUCGUGAUUGCUACACCCAAUUCAAUGACAUGAAGGCUAUGGACCCUGUUGAGCUUCUAGGAAUCUUGCCGACAUGUAAUUUUGGUAAAUUCUGCUGCAAGAAGUAUCUUGCUGUGGUCCAUCCCAAAAUGGAGGAGUCCCUGUUCGGAGACUUGGAGCAGCACCGCCAAGUGUUGUCUGGAAACCACCCAAGGAGUCAGUUUUAUGGUGAGUUUUUGAGACUGGCCAAGACAAUUUGGUUGCUUCACUUGCUGGCAUUUUCACUUGACCCGGCACCUUGUCAGUUUGAAGCAAGCAGGGGAGGAGAGUUUCAUCCACAGUACAUGGUAAGUGUUGUCAAAUUGUGUGGUGGCAAGCCACCUCCGGGACAGAUUGUGGGGUUUCCAGUGAGCCCUGGCUUCAAGCUUGGAAAUGGAACAGUGAUCAAGGCUAGAGUUUACCUGGUAUCAAGAAGUUGAGGAAUUUCAUGAAUGUAGUUGAUGGAUUGUUUGGCUAGUGUGCAAAAUACAGGAAAGUCCUCCAUAGAGGUUUUAGACUACUACUACUGCUACAUGUUAUUAGGGGUUACUAGGUCACCAAUAUUAGACUGUUACUUGAACAUGUUCUAUUUUGGUGUUUGGAUUAAGCCUUUUAGUUGGCAUGCUACAUGCUUCAGUUAAAAAAGGGUUCAUCCAAUAAGUUAAUGAUGAUGCUUCAAUGUUAUUUCAAAAUCUUGUAACUGCAGGCCUUUUUUCAUAUAACUAGAAUACCUCACUUGAG